AUGCAAGUCUGUCUAUUUCUCACAUUAAUUACGUUACCCAUUUUAAAAGCAAUCAGCCUAAAUAAUUAUCCUAAAGGUUAUGUUCAUUCCAUAAAUGAUUUAAACGUUUAUGAUGUUGGGUCGAAUUACUCUAAUUCAACAGCUAUUGUUGUUGUGUACGAUAUUCGAGGUUUCAACAUUUCUCAAACGAGAAUAUUCUGUGAUAGAUUAUCAUUCGAGUAUAAAGCCAGAGUCUGCAUGCCUGAUGUAUUUAGAGGAACAGCUGCUCCGGAGAAUACGAGUGAACUGCAGGCAUGGAUGGCUAAAGUUGGAAACUGGUCACAAAUUGAAAAAGAUUUACGUACAGUUAAUGAUCAGUUGAAAAAAGAUGGAGCGAAAAAGUUGGCUAUAUUGGGAUUUUGUUUUGGUGGAUUACAAGUCUUACGAGCAUGUGGUCAACUAUCCAAUGAUUAUUCAGCUGGUAUCAGUAUUCAUGGAUCAUCACUGACAGUAGGAGAAGCAGAAAAUGUUCUACGUCCGAUGAUGCUUUUGGCAGCUGGCAAUGAUCUACCUUUAACCGAUAUAGCGACUGUUUUAAAUAAAAAAUCAUUUGGUAGCCAAUGUGAAUAUAAAGUAUAUUCAAAUAUGCGUCAUGGUUUUGCAUCUGCGCGUGCGAAUUUCAGUGAUCCAGAAAAUGUCAAAGCACUUGAUGAUGUCCAUGAUAAAUGUAACAAAUUUCUUCACAAAAUAUUAAUAGACUCUGCCACGAAACGGACAAACACUUAA